AUGGCAAAGUUGCUUCAUACUAUUUGGGCGCUCUUGCUAAAUAUUUUCGGACUUCAGAUUUUCCGAACAUGUUUCGCCAAUGCUAUGGAAGACGAAGAUUGCGAAUCGCUCCUAUCAGGACCACCGUUUAGUUCGGUUUUCUUCAGCAUUGGUAUAUAUAUUAUUAUCGUAAAUUCUACGCUCUUUCCACGAUCUUUUCACGCACCAAAAAUGGUUUUUCUGAUCCUGUACGAGUUUUUAGCCACCGCAUUUAUCCUGGAAUUCGCAUUGGCCUGUAUUUGGACACCGAUAGACGUCCUCUUAUCGACAACGUUACCGUCCUGUAUCUGUUAUACGCUUCGACGGUUUGGACUGGAAGAUGCAGCGGUUUCGUUUUUAACGAAUAAAUCUUGGACCAUUGUUCUAACUUACACUGCGUCAACUACGUUUCUUAUACUUACGCUUCACGUUGUGGAUGCUGUGGAUUAUAAUAUCCUUAGAGAUUGUGGAACAAUGUGUUUCUUAACUCACGUUCAAGAGAAAUUGUGGGCAAGAGCGGAACAAGAAUUUCCAUUUUUAAUCGAAGAAACCAAAGCGUGCCGUUGUAAAGUUCGUAGGAGAAGCAGUAAAAGAAGUAAUAGUAAAAGUGGCGUUAAUAGCAGUAGAUAAUUUUAAUAAUUAAUGUUCUGAACGAAGUCACUCUAAGAGAGGAAAAAUGUGAGAAAUAUUUUUAGAAUUAUAAAACAUAUUAAACGGUAAAUCAAUCAUUCGAGUAUAUUACGCUUAUUGACGUAAUUUCAACCAGUUCUUGACUUUUGACUUCAUCCUUUCACUU